CGUUCCGCACUUGAGCGUCAGGGUUCAUUUAUUAAACUGUAUUAAUACUGAUCAUUUUCCCUCAUUCCGACCUGCUUUAUUUACAACACGAAUACUUUAUUCGUUGACUGAAACGUGGUGGUGUCUGGAACGGUUUUUAGAACAUGUGGUACCCUCCUUCUGUGUUGGUACCGAUUUACCUAGAGCAAAGCUCUCGCAGAGCUACAUAUACCUCCACCACCAUGAUGUGGCCAGUACUACCGCUGGAGCAAAAUGUGUGUCUGUCUAUGAACGAGAUUGAUCAUCCAAACCAUCGCCUGUCUAUCGAGGAUGGAAGAAAAUUUCUUUUGAACAAGUCAGUGUUUGAUCUUGUAAAAGUCAGUCAGUAUCUGGAGUUGACGGAUCCAAAGUUGCUUGGUUGGUAUCUUUCCUUACCAGUGGAAGACAGGAAAUUGAUACAAGAAGAAGGAGGGCUCCUUCGGUUUUUGCAAAUACAUCCUGCUCUUGAAGUGUCUAGACACAUUGUUCAUUUAAAACAACAGAUACUAGGAAAUUGUUCUCCUGUGACUGAUAUGUCAUCAAAACAAAAGUCAAGACAGGCCACACAUUAUGGAGUGUUGCAGUGUUUAAACUGUAGUACAACUUGUCCUUCGUCUGCUAAACAGUGUUACCGCUGUAAUUUGCCAAUCCUAAAUGUAGAGGAAAAUAUAAGCAUGUCUGAGGAAGAAAAAACACUAAGGCUGCUCCCGAAUAAUGUGAGAGAGGAGCUGAAUCUACUAAAAGCUAAAGGGCAUGACAUAGUGUGGAAACCUAGGCAAUUAGAUUGCUGUCAGAACAGUAAUUUGCCUGCCACGCGAAUCAGCUCUUUAAACCGUCAACAAGUACGUCACCAGCAAAAAAACUCUAAUGGAGAACAGAAACUGUGCCAGCUGUGGAAAGAUGGGAUGUGGCACAGUGAGAAGGAUGACCGAAAGUAUAAAGAUCCCUCUGCCCAAGCAAGCUUUUCUCUUGAUAGGGAGCUCGAGAUGCAGAGUCAGGGUAUUAAUCCAGGCGACAUAGUGUCAGCAGGUGACAGUGCAGAUUUCACCAACCUUGAUGAGGAGACAAUGCCCGAGUACUACAGCUUUAACAGUACGAUUCCAGAGCACACAUCUGCUCAGUGGGGUGACCCCACUGAUGUGUCUGUAACGGCCACUAAAUGCAGCACUGAGGCAACCACUGUUGAUCAGCCUGUAGAGGACUCUGCAGCAUGUAGUACUGAAAAUGGCAUUUUUCCUGAAUCUGUGUCCUACAUCAGCAACUCAUCCGAGUGGACUGACUUCACUGAGGAUUGUCAAGAGUUCAACCGUGAUGAACUAAAAAGUGGGACGGAAACAGACAAGUAUCAUAGCAUGAUGGAGGAAGUUCAGGUUCAACAUAAUCAAACUAGCAUUAAUACAGGCAUGUCAAGGUCAGCGUUUGGUGCUCCAGUCAGUCAGUCUACAUGUGCAGAUGCCAAAAAAACACAGUGUAAGAAAUCUAAAGCUUCACUUACUGUAAACCAGGCAGUGAACGCCAGCAGUGAUUUCAGAGCUUGUUUUACGUUUACCCGGGCAACAGAAAUUGAUACAAACUUUUUUGUGAAGCCCACACAAGAUGUUUCUGCUGGCACAGAUUUACUUAUUAAUCAUGACCAAGGGACGCAGACAGUUCAGAGGUUUACCUCAGAGAAAUGUACUGUUACUGAAGUCUACAUGUCAGACCUGGAUGCUAUUUGUGAGGAGUUUGGAAAGCUUAAAGUAAUGGAGGAGGAGCUAAAACACCUGAAGAGCAGAAUGGCUAGAUCUGGUCUUGGCAGUACUAGAAGGCCAGAGAGUGAAAGGCAGAAGAGUUGUUGUGAUGCUGCUGUGUCUCGUGCUACACAGGCUGAACUACGACUACUGGCUUUGCAGUUUGUUAUGUGCAAGCAGCACUGCUGGAGGCGCUUCUACACUUCACCACUGGGUGAAACUGCACUUCAGGGAGCUGAGGUGCUGCCUGGCAUUAUGUCCCAAACACUCAAGAGCUUGGAGAAUAAUUACCUUGAGAUGAAGAAAAUGAUCCAAGAAGGAGUUCCUCUGGAUAAUCUCAAACCUCUGUCAGUAGACACUGUAGGAACAACGGAGGAAACAUGCUACAGUCCUGCCUUGAUAUUUGCAGCAUCUUUGGAAGACGUUGUACUUGAGACUCAAUCAUCACCUUCAACCAAAAGUGUUGAUGGAAGCCAGACUGACGAAACCGAUGCUGUGUUGAAAAUGGAAACCAUAGAUGGAGGACCACCCGGCAAAAAUACACCACCUCAGCGUAAAUCUGGCUCAUCAUCUAAAAGUGUUGGUGGUAAAAGGAGCAGAGCCGUGUCUAUACUCAGCCAACAAUCAGGAGUCUCCGGUGACACCAAGUCAGGAAAUCCUAAAGACCUUAACGGCAGUGAGGCCUGGUUUGAUGCGGAGGAACACCUUGGAGCUGACAAUCUGGGAUGUAAGGAGGACCAUGACGUGGAGCAGAGAGCCAGUGAGGAAUCGAAGAAAAAACAAGGGGCUACAGAUGAAAUGGAAGAUGAAAGUUCUUUGCUGUGUGUUACAAACUUACCAAGCAGUGUAACCGAGCGUGAUUUGAUGCAUUUGUUUGAGAGGUACCCUUCCAGCCAACUGUGCACCUCCACUUUUGGCAAAAACAGGGUGGCAAUGGUAAAUGUGAAAAGCCCCAGCGAUGCUGAGGCUGCAGUACAGCAGUUGCAUGGGCACUUCAUUCAGGGCCAUACGGAACACAUCCACAAGUCUCCAGCAGAUGGUCAGGGCCUCAUCAAAGAAUCCUGCGCUGAACUUUCCCAAGCCACCCAUAAAGAUGAGUCUGCUGGAGAGAAGCAGAACAUUUGGAGGGCCUCACAAGUACCCCGGUGCAGUUUGGAGAAGCUUACCAACAUCUGUGAUACACCCAAUGCAUCAGGCACCUUUGUGCCACAGCACUACGGCACCAUGGGCAGCUUUGAUACAAUAAUGGGAUGCUUAUUAGAGCGCCACCCACAGAUGGGCAGACAAAGAAUCGUUGGUGCUUUGCUAGAGCUUCAGGGGAAACGCCAGGGUGUCCUUAGCGGUCUGCCCCUCAGCGCUAUAGUGGAUAUGACUUCUGAUCUGCUUACUCAAUCAGCCACAGAGUGAGUGCAACAGAGGCCACAGUUUUUCGUGUAGGUUCGAAUCUUUAUGUUUGUAUGUUGGUUAUAUAAACAGUUUGUACGUUAUAUAAGCAGUUAAAAGCCUUUUAAGGCUCUAAACAUAUAUUUGUUUGUUUUUUAUGCUCAGGUUUAUGGUUUGAGAGAGUUUAAGUUUAUUUUGAUUUCCAAGUGUUAAAACUAAGUUAGAGAUUAGAAAGCUGGCAGAGAAAAUCUGUGCCAUAUUGUUAAUUCUUCUGAACAUAAAUGCAUACUGAGCACUUUAUUAGGUACAUCUUUACCUUUCAUGUACAUUCAUUGAUUAUUUUAAGCUAUACAUACCAUACAAAUGAACUUUGUAGGUGAACAAUUACUGACUGUUGACUAUUGGUUGCUAUAUACCCAGCUAUAUACACUUUGCAAAUGAAAAGGAACUCUUAGGACCUCCACUUACAAUGAUGUUUGUUGGUUGUUGGACCAUUCCCAGCACUGCUUUGAUAUUAACAUGGUAGUGUGUGUGUUGUACUGGUAUGAUUAAACAGGCACAGCAGCGUUGUUAGGUACUGCUCCAAGUAAAAACAUAAAGCCAACAUAAUUCACUGAUGAACACUAGAGAAAGAUUAAAACAAAAAAGAUGUGUUUAUAACAAAUAUGGUACUAUUAAACUGUGUUUUAAAAUCCCAACAACACUGCUGCACUUGAUACACUUGAACCAGAACAACCCAAACCACUAUUUUAUUACCAUGUUAGUGUUGAGAAUGCUGCGUUAUCAUUGCUGCGUUGAGAACGGUCCGCCACCCAAAUAUCAACUGGUGGUUGACCUAUGGAGGGUCUAUUUCAAUUGAUAAAUGAGGUACAGGGGGUUGACAGAGUAUACAGUGCAACAGUUGGACUGCAGUCAGUAAUUGUAUACCAGCCAAGUUGAUCUGUAUGAAAGGUGAAGCUCAUAAAAUAAUUAUUGCACUUAUCAGAUGGGUGUUCCUAAUAAAAUGCUUGGUACGUAUAGUUUAUAAACAAACAGUUUUUCUUUCAAAUCUGUAUCUCGACGGUUUAAAAACAUUUAUGUUGCAUUGUUAAUAAAAAACCUUCAGAGCUUGAGAUGAAA